UUUAUCCAUAUUAAUACAGACAAACACACACAUGCCAAGCCGCUUCACAUCAAACAUCAAACAACAAAAAUUUAUGAUUGAAUCGAAAAAGUGAUUGUCAUGGCGUCUGAGAGAUACAGUUUUUCUUUAACAACUUUUAGUCCUUCGGGUAAAUUGGUUCAGAUAGAAUAUGCUCUUGCUGCAGUGGCUGCUGGUGCGCCUAGUGUUGGGAUAAAAGCCUGCAAUGGUGUUGUACUUGCAACUGAAAAUAAACAUAAAUCAAUUUUAUAUGAUGAACAUAGUCUUUGUAAAGUUGAAAUGAUUACCAAGCACAUUGGAAUGGUUUAUAGUGGAAUGGGCCCAGACUAUCGUCUACUUGUUAAACAAGCUAGAAAAAUGGCUCAGCAAUAUUUUUUGAUUUAUCGUGAGCCAAUUCCUACUGCUCAAUUGGUACAAAGAGUUGCUAUGCUUAUGCAAGAAUACACUCAAUCAGGAGGUGUUAGACCAUUUGGAGUAUCACUUUUGAUUUGUGGAUGGGACAAUGGUAAACCCUAUUUAUUUCAGUGUGAUCCAUCAGGCGCUUAUUUUGCAUGGCGUGCUACUGCCAUGGGUAAAAAUUUUAUAAAUGGUAAAACUUUUUUGGAAAAACGAUACAGUGAGGAUCUAGAGUUAGAUGACGCUGUUCACACUGCUAUUUUAACAUUAAAAGAAGGAUUUGAAGGACAAAUGACUGCUGAUAAUAUUGAAGUAGGAAUAUGUGAUGCUAAUGGAUUUAGACGACUUGAUCCGUCUCAUGUCAAGGAUUAUCUUGCAAAUAUUCCAUAAAUAAUUAAACAACCUCACUUUUUUUUGUCAUUUUCUACCAAUAUUAUAUAAUAUUACUGUAUACACAUUUAAAAUUUGAAUAUAAUUGGUGAAAGUGUGUGUGUAUCGAGGUUAAUAAAAUUAUAGCCUUGUCUAUUA